GCGUGUGCGCAGCGUCUGACGCAGCGUAUGACGCGGCUGGCCAGGAGACGAGAGUUGAAUAUGGGGGGAACUUUAUGUUAUGCAUGUGGUAAAGUUUCAUUCGAGACUAUCCCUGACAGUAGCUAGCUAACGUUAGUACUGUAGCAACUAGCUACAGUACUCUUCUAAUUUCUACAAAAUUGUAGCCUAGCUGAUCUGGUCACUGGAUAAACUCAUUCUUGUCACACCUCAAUCAACUGAAUUCUGGCUAGCUAGCUAGUUACAUGGAAGCAUCUGAAUAUCUCCUAUGCAAGUGGAAAGGCCACCACUGGCCAGCUAAGGUUUUGAGAAGAGUGUGCAAUUCCAAGAGGAAGAAGGAUAUGGAAGUGGAAAUGUUGGGAGAAGGUCACAGAGGAGUGUGUAUUUUGUUUUGCAGAGUGUGGGUGCAGCAGAAGGAAACGCAAGCCCUGACCCAAGAAUGCAUCGAGAGCAUCUCUGGACAUCUGAGUGAUCAUGCUUCCAAAAGGAGGGACCCAAUAAGAGAAUUGAAAUACCGGAGAGCACUGCGCUUGGCAUUGGAUAUGUUCCCCUCAGGAGAGACGAGCAGCACUCUGGUGUUAGGAGACCCCAGAACAUCCGAAAAGGGAAGAGACCAACAGUUGCCAUCGGCGCCUGAAGAGCAAGAAACGAGAGCAAGAGGCGUCAUCCGAGCAAAUGAGCCUCAGUCUGAGGAAAACAACGAUUGUGCCUCUCAAAAAACAAGUCCGGGUGCAGCUCAAGAGAAUGUCACUGUUCACAGUGUGGCCGAUGUGUCAAGUGAUUUGAGCCUUACUCCACCUUCUUCAUCCCCACUGCAACCGCUCCAAGUGUCCUUCGACGAACAGGAGGACAGUAGUCUGGAGGAUGAGGAGGAUGAUGACCUACCCAGUUUCACUUCACCAAAGAAAACCCUAUCCAUCACAAAGGGAGCUUGUGUCUGGUGUAAAUAUCGACGUUGCCCCUUCUGGCCUGCUAUGAUCAUGUAUGUUUCCCGCAAAGAGAAGAAAGCCAGCGUCGUGUUCAUCGACACAUUUCUUUUCACACAGAAGAGGAAGAGCGUCAAGGUCUCCUUAAAGAAUAUCAAGCCCUUUGACUGUGAGGAGUCAAAUGAGUUGGUGGACAAAGCCAAGGAGAUAUAUGGUACUGCCAUCCACUAUUGCCUGAAGCUUAUUGGGGACUAUAGAAUUCGCCUUGGUUGUGGUUCAUUUUCCGGUUCCCUCGUUGAGUAUGUUGCUGAUGACAUCAGCAUCCCUAUGAGAAAGCUGUACCUUCUCGGCCCAUCUGACAGUUAUCUGGCCUCGCCAAGUCAAGACGUGGAGGACCAGAGAAGUUACCAGGGGACUCCGGAAGACCAUGCGACCACCGAGGCCAGUGACCAGGAGCCACAGGUCUCCAAGAGACUGCUACCUGACCGCGCCAAGGCUGCACGGGACCGGGCCAACGACAAACUACUGCAGUUCAUCGUCGAUAAAAGAGGCGUGGAAAGGCACUUGCGGGCUAUUAUCAGCGGUCAGGGGGUGUCCAAGUGGCUGAAAGCCUUCCGCAAGGCCAGUGGUCAAGCAGUGGACCCCUACUUUGAGACGGACCAGCAGGUGGAGCAGGUUUUCACUUAUCUCAGGAGCAUCAUGGAGGAAGCCUUGCCAAGUCUGCCAGAGUUAGAUCAGAUCCGCUUCAUCCUCGAAGUGCUCUUACCAGAGGCUGUCAUUCAUGGAAUCUCGGAGGUCGAUGACAUAUCCCUGGUUAAGGCUGAAGAGAAAUACUCACAAGGGCCUGGCAUCAGUAAUAGAGAGCGAGAGGAGUUUGACCUUAUGAUUGUGCAGCAGAUGAAGAAAAAGCACUGCAGAAAAGAUAAAGAAUAAGAAGGGUUGUGUGUUCUGUUUCGGGUUUGCAUUGGCUAAUGCCACUAGUGUUUAUAUUGUUCAUAGGUUAUGUGUUUAUAGGUUACAUACUCUUUAUUUUUCAAUACAAUCAUUUGUAUACUGAACAAAAAUAUAAACGCAAUAUGCAACAAUUUCAAAGAUUUUACUGAGUUACAGUUCCUAUAAGGAAAUCAGUCAAUUGAGAUACAUUCAUUAGGCCCUAAUCUAUCGAUUUCACAU